AGCAUCGGUCGAUCAUAGAAACGGCAGCAGUCCAUCCGACUUCGAAGAAACAAUGAAAACUCUAGUGCUGUUGAUUGGUGUCCUGGCCGUGGCCAGUGCCGAGUGGAUCGAAAUCGAUUGGUCCCAGGUGCGUCCGAUCGAAGAAUUCGACCACUACUGGGCUCGUCUGCCAGCUGAGGUGCAGUACUUGCGUAAACUUCUUCCGGAACGCCGCAUCACCAAUGGAGAGCAGGCCACCCCCGGACAGUUCCCGUACCAGAUUGCUCUACUUAGUACUUUCGGUGGUGGUACCGGUCUGUGCGGUGGAUCCGUUCUGAGCAACAACUACAUCCUUACUGCUGCUCAUUGUGUUCAAAAUGCCCUCGGAGGUACCGCCAUCAUGGGAGCCCACAACCGUAUUAACACUGAACCAACUCAACAGCGGAUUGCCUUCGGUUCAGGUGGAAUCAACAUGCAUCCUGGAUACACUCCAACCAACAUCCGUAAUGACAUUGCCACUGUUCGUCUGAACAGCGCCAUGACCUUCAACGAUCGUGUCCAGCCUGCUCGCCUUCCAGCCGCCGGAGAUUCUCGUACCUUCGCUGGUAUGACCGGUACCGUUUCUGGAUUUGGACGCACUUCGGAUGCCAGCCAGGCCACUUCUGCUGUUGUCAUGUUCACCAGCAACCCGCUUAUGACUCAAGCUGACUGUCUUUCCAGCUGGGGUGGUAACACCAAUCUGAUUCAGGCUCAGAACAUUUGCCUGUCUGGAGCCGGUGGUCGAUCAGCUUGCAACGGCGACUCUGGUGGCCCACUAACUGUCCAGGAUGGUGGCAGUCUGCACGUCGGUAUUGUGUCCUUCGGAUCGGCUGGUGGAUGCUCGAUCGGUAUGCCAUCGGUGUACGUCCGUGUUACGUUCUUCAGAGAUUGGAUUCUGGCUAACUCAGAUCUGUAAAUAAUUGCCUUCUUAUAUUGACCGGAUGUAAAUAAAUUGUACUAUGUUUUAUA